CGGGAGAGAUGCGUUGGAGGCUGCAGGUACGAUGAAAAAAAAUAUACGAGAAAUCUUUGAAGAAGAUGGGCAUCAACGAGUUGACUUCGUUUUACGACGCUAUCUACAACAUGAAAGUAAGAUGAAUUAUCAACUACACGUGGUACUACAACUACACACGACGACUUCAACAUCAUAUUCGUGCACUUGCAGCUGCACGUCUGUACCAUAUUACCAUAUUACCAUUAUAUUCCAUAGGACGUAUCUCUAGCUGUGGCGGAACUCGUUUGACAGCAGAAGAUCAAUACGUAGUUUUGGGCGACAAAGAGGGCGAUCCGCGCAGCACGCGUAGAAGAAUUGGCCGAUUCUGUCUGCCUAGUUCUUGUUCUGGAGUGGGGGACUUGCAACCUCCGCUGGCCAUAUUUCUAUACCUUUAAGGCUAAUACCUCUAAUUAGGCACAUACAUACAUAGAUACAUACAUACAUACAUCCAUACGUACAUACAUGCAACAAGUACUAAUCGUGACUGUUGACUAUUUUUUUUUAGGUCUAGUACUUUACAGCUGCCAAGGACUAAAAAUAGUUCGAUAUUCAUUGAUUCUAAUAUCUGAGGCAACAAAGUAGACAUGCUCGUGGCAAAG